GCAGCAUCGGGAUGUAGUGUUCGACGGUCUCGCUCAAGAGGAAAGCACAGAACUCCUCGACGCACCCACCUUCCCAGCAGAUCUCCAACAGCGAGUAGAUUUCUACGUAGAAGCAACGCUUCCUUUCACUCCCCGGUCUCAGGAGCAAUCUUGCCUGUCGAGCUACUCCUUCGUAUCUUUCACCUGGGCGCGGAUCUCCAUUACGAGUUUCCAGUUGCUGUCUCGCAAGUAUGUUCACUGUGGAGAUCUCUGGCUUUACAGAGCCCGAAGCUGUGGCAAGUAAUACGCCCCGAUGCAAGACGAGUACUGUGCAAUAGGCGUAUCAGACGGUCAAGAGGUCUUCCGCUACACGUCGAUAUUGUUUGGCCUCGCGGAUUGAUGACAGGCACUUCCACAAUGGCUGACGUUCACUCUCGCAUGACUAGCGUUCUCCCCGCGAGAAAGCAAUGGCGUUCUUUGUCACUUAGAUUUGACGGAUACUGUCCCUUUUUGUGGAAUUCUGCUCUAUCAGGACUUUGCGCAAGACCGUCACGAAGUACUUCUUCUGUCCCCGAGCUAGAAUCUUUGUCACUAGUAUAUCCAGCGAAUGACGACAUAAAGGAGUUUCACCUGUUCGCGGACCAUGCGCCAAAACUUCGACACGUUAUGCUGCAUGGAAUACGACUCCAAUGGUCCCCCCUAUUCGCGAGCCUCGUUUCGCUCGACUACACACAUCACGGAUUCAGUAUGGGGUAUGAAGCGGUGCAUGAAGUACUGGAUAUGCUUGCCGCGUGCCAAGGAAGCCUGGAGACGUUGAGUGUCAGAUUUCCAGAGACUUGCGGAUCCAGUCAGUCUGACAUUUGGCAUAUCGACACGUAUUAUCUCCUCGACCUUCUCGAACUUCAACGCGUUAAGAAGUUCGUUAUUCGUGCCGAAGGCCACUCCGUUCCACCAAGGGAGCUUGUACUACUGGUAUCGAAACUCUUGCUUCCGUCAUUGAUCAUGUUGGAGCUCGACACAUUGGACAACUCCGGUGUUUUCAGUCGGAAGGUGAUCAGGUCGACCGUCAGACCGUUUUGGCGGCAUCCACAAAUUAAGCAGUUGAUUGUCCGGAGAGCCUGGAACUACGUACCAUGUAUCAAUGGCCUCGCGCAUUCUCUGCCUAACCUAUCAGAAUUAGUGUUAGAAAAGAUGUAAAUAAUUGUAGUUUAUAUGCUGUAAUGAAUAGUUGACUGAAAUAAGUAUUUUGUUAUUGGACACGGGGAGUCCCGGAGUCGCUCAUGCGAUUACAUAAACGAAUUUGGACAGUCCGUUUUCUGUGUCCGCGACGUUUGGUCAGAAUUAUUAUCUCCUUCCUGUCGGUUUGUUCGUCGUCGUCGUUCGUCCAGCUCGUGCAGUGCCAUGCUAGCGUCGAGUCUGCGUCGUUCUCUCCGAUGCGCUGUACGCAACCCACGACCAUUACGAUCCUUUGCUACGGUCGUGAACCCGACGCCUACAACUGAAAUUACUACUCUUGCCAAUGGUUUGACCGUCGCGACAGAAUCGCAUCCGCAUGCUGAGACAGCGACUGUCGGUGUCUGGAUAGACGCAGGCUCUCGAGCUGAGAACGACGCAAACAAUGGUACCGCUCAUUUCCUUGAGCACAUGGCUUUCAAGGGUACAAACCGUCGUACCCAGCAGGGUUUGGAGCUAGAAGUAGAAAACAUCGGUGCACACCUCAACGCGUAUACUUCGCGUGAACAAACAGUGUAUUACGCAAAGAGCUUCCGCAAGGAUGUAGGCAACGCUGUGGAUAUCAUCAGCGACAUUCUGCAGAACUCUAAGCUUGACAACUCAGCGGUCGAGAGGGAGCGUGAUGUCAUCCUUCGUGAGCAGCAGGAGGUUGACAAACAACUCGAGGAAGUUGUUUUUGACCAUCUUCAUGCUGUCGCUUACCAAGGUCAACCACUUGGUCGCACGAUUCUUGGACCGAAAAAGAAUAUUCUCUCGAUCAAGAGGGAUGAUCUUGCCUCAUAUAUCAAAACGAAUUAUACGUCAGACCGCAUGGUUCUCGCCGGUGCUGGCGGUGUUGACCAUCAGGAGCUUGUCAAACUCGCUGAGAAGCACUUUUCUGGCCUUCCAGUGUCUCCUAAUCCAAUCCCUCUUGGCCGUCAAGCACACGGAAAGAGUGAAUUUAUUGGCUCAGAGGUGCGUGUGCGCGAUGACACCAUGCCAACCGCACACAUUGCCAUCGCUGUCGAAGGUGUAGGAUGGAGUUCGCCAGACUACUUCCCAACGCUUGUCAUGCAAUCAAUAUUUGGUAACUGGGAUCGCGCUCUUGGCUCGUCUCCAUUACUCUCGUCACGCCUCUCGCAUAUUGUCUCUUCCAACAACCUCGCGAACAGUUACAUGUCGUUCUCAACUUCGUACUCCGACACUGGUCUCUGGGGUAUCUACCUCGUUACGGAGAACCUGAUGAACAUUGAUGACCUCACCCACUUCACACUGAAGGAGUGGACUCGCAUGUCUAUUGGGCCAUUGGAGAACGAGGUUGAGCGGGCAAAAAGCCAGCUUAAGGCCAGUUUAUUGUUGACCCUUGACGGAACUACUGCAAUUGCAGAGGAUAUCGGAAGGCAGCUUGUCACGACUGGUCGCAGAAUGUCACCUAAGCAAAUUGAAUUCGCAGUGGAUGCCGUGACACCAGCAGAUGUCCAGCGUGUUGCGCAGAAGUACCUCUGGGACAAAGACAUCGCGAUUGCCGCAGUAGGACGAAUCGAAGGUCUUUUGGACUACAACCGCAUUCGGGCGGACAUGUCUUCUCUACUGUACUAGGCCUAUCUUAGUGUUCCUUCCUCAGUAAAUUAGAGACGCUGGUGUCUGCUAGAAAAUAAACCCUUCCACCGUUUAAUAUCUACCUUCCUUGAU